AUGGCGCCUCGGGGCCGCGCUUCCACGAAAACCCCGGCAGGGAGAGCGAGGGCAAAACGAUUGAGUGUUUUGCUUCUCGCUUUAUUCGCGUGUGUGAUUUUGGUCGCGUUUCGAGACCGAGAAACAAAAGGAAGAGAUGGUGGAAGCGAAGAUUUCUCGAUUGGAAUACAUCGAGAAGAAGAAGAUGAUAAACAACAACAAUCGAAGGAAGUCCGAGGCCACGGGAUGUCUCGCGACCGAUACAAAGAUUCUCACAUCACCAUGGCGCAGAAAUUACUAUUGCAAAAACCGCCGAAACCGUUUCAUCCGAGGUGCUUCGAUGCGCCGAAACCGUGGAGGCCUUUAGAGGAGAUCGAAGAGUGGAAGAGAAGAAGAGUGAGUCUUAGGAGGAAAGCGUUAUCGAGCGGCGAGAGAGCGAAUGAAGUAGGAGCAGAAGGAGAGGAAGAACACGAGGGAGUGAACGGGACAGAAUCACGCGAACGAGGAAGAAGGCAGUUGUUAACGUUCAAAGCGGCUGGAAUGGGUGGUAAAUUUGGCCCGAGCUGUUCUCCUCGCGCGCCGUUGAAAGCUCGUCAAGCGUGCGCCGAGCAACGCGCGUUGAAGAGAUGCUCGGAAGAAUCGAAAGUGAGCAAGAAGAAAGUCGACCAGUUAUCUGAGGUAGAAAAGAAAUUAAAGAAGUGUUUAGUGGAUUUGAAAUCGUGCGAGGCGACGAGAGACGAGUUGAGGAAGGUGGCCAUAGAGUUUAGCGGGAUUCAAACGUUAGCGCUUGGGAGUCCGAAUUGUUUCGUGCACUCGAAAGGCGGGAGUAAUAAGUGUUUACCGUUAGUGAAGAACGAAGAGACUGGGCUCUUAUCUGGUGGAUGUGGAGAGCGUGGUGGUGGACCGAAAGCGGGAUGCGAUAUGAGCUCGGGGUGGGAAGAGCGCGUACCGACGCCGAAAGAGGACGUGUUCAAAGGCUCGGCGUACGAUCGGUGCGCUAUCGUAGGCAACUCGAUGAACUUGUUCGACGCGGAAAACGGAGACGCCAUCGACCAGUACGAUGCAGUGUUCCGAUUUAACUCCGAAUGGCGACGCAUGCACCACGUGAUGCAAGAAAAAGGCGUGAAAUUCGAGGACAAGCAAAAAUAUAUGGGUACGAAAACAACCUUUCGAUUAGUCAAUCGAAAAUAUACGACGAGUUUAUUAGACGGCGACGGAGCGUCAGAGGACAUUUCUAGCGACGAAGAAGUUUUAUUUUGGAACUAUUUUUCCGCGCCAUAUUUACAGGCGUUGCAAAAGAAACAUCCCAAAUUGAAUUUACACUUAGCAGCCGCAGAUUUAAUCAACUGGGAAUUGGAGGUGUUCUCGCAGUUGAGGAAAGACUUGUACUCGUUAGGCGUCGGGCCGUUCGAGUGUUACCGAUUCAUGUCUUCCGGCGUCCACGGGGUUUUGAUGGCGCUGAAAAUGUGCGAAGAGGUGGAUUUAUUCGGGUUUAGCGUUUCCAUGGAUAACUUUGCCAAGUCGUUUAAUCACGGACGACCGAGCGAAAGCCACUCGUGGGAGUUUGAAACGAUGUUGAUGCGGUUACUUUACUUUACUGGCGCAAUCAACGUAUGUAAUAGCUGA